GUUCUUCAUAACAUCUCUGAAGUUGCUGAGAUUGCGGUUAUCAUUAGUGCUCAUUUCAUGGUGCUCUCUCCGGAGAAAAAAUUUACGGGCACAAUUACCGGAAUACUUUAGAUUAUUAAAAAUAUGUCGAACAUACAGGAAUUCUUCAAACGUUAUUUGCCGGUAGUUAAAGCCGAUGAGGGAGAAGAGGAGGAAUUGGUGGAUCCGCAGAAAGUACUUCGCGAAGAAUGUAGUAAACAAGCAAAGUGUGUUAACUUCCAAGAGAAAUUAAACACAUGUAACGACCGUGUCAAUUCAAGAUCCAACACAGAGGAAUCUUGCCUAGAGGAGCUUAUCGAUUAUGUGGAAUGCGUAGAUCAUUGUGUCGCGAAGACUCUAUUUAGUAAACUUAAGUAAUUGCAAAAUAUUUCCAUGAAAAGUUAAUUGUUUGCAAUGUUAAAACUAAAAAUCUCGAGCAUUGUAUAUAUAUAUAAUCAAAUACUAGCAAUAAAAGAUUAACUUAUUACAC